AUGGCUACUAAAAAAGUUAAAAUUGCACGAUUUCUGUUGCCGCAACCUCACCGGAGCACGAUUUCGCGAACCCUAGCGCCGUCGUCUUCUUCAUCUUCACACUUCAACUCAGGAACUUUUGGGAAGACGCGGUCACUAACCUUUGCAUCAAAUUCGGUUGAAGUUGUUGAUACUGGUGCGGCAUUGCAUUGCUGGUCAUCUCCCUCCAAUAUCAUCUCUCUUUUUCUCUCCCUAUCCUCUUCUCACUCACCACCAUUGUUGUUGCAACUCACCUCUUCUACUACGAUUCUUAUUGGUCCUUCUGAUUGGGAGGAUUAUUCCAAAGGAAAAGAGGGAUCUACAAGAUACAGAAUUCAUAACCUGCCAGAGAAUCCAGGUACCCAUUUAUCAUCUAAUCAAAGAGAUUCUUUCUUUGACUUAUUUCAGAGAAAGGAAAAGGGUGCAGAUCCAUCAUUGACCGAGUUCUAUUUUCGCACACAUCGGAAAAAGGAUCAAAGUUGGGUUGGAGUUCAUGCUGAAUCUGCAUAUGAUAAAUUUGAACAGAAAAAGUUGGAGAUUUCUUCUCAGAAUCCAACUAUUCCAGGAGAGGACGAAGCUGAUAGUCAACCAACUAAUGAAAUGCCACCGGAUUUGGAUAUAUGGGUAGAGUCGGUUGGAAAGAAGAAAGGGAAUAGGGUAUUUGGUCUUGGAACCGCAUCUAAGACUUUGGUUUCUGUAUCAAAGAAACCCUCAAGUCUUUCAAGUGACUCUCAAGAGGUUGAUGUUUUGAGAAGUCAAGGCCAUGCCUUAAAUGCAUCGUUGCAAAGACAAGAACAAGAAAAGAUGGUGAUGAGGCAACAAUUGCAUCGACAAGAAGAAAAGAUGGCCGAAGCGAAUAAUAAAAUUUCAUUUUUAAUGAAUCAUUUAGGAUUUGUUGGGUCUUCUUCUCAUCCACCACAACCCACUAAUGAAAAUGAUCACACAAAUGAAGAUGUCGUCGAUGAAACAGAUGAAGAAGACCUUAGUAAUGAAUUUUGAUUUGUACUUUUUUUCAUUUUGACUUAGUUUUUGGAUUGUAUUAUCUUUUUAACUUGUCAAACAAAUGAUUAGUAAUAACUAUGUAAGUACUUCUUACCAAUUAUGUUAU